AACAUGGACAAACUCGGCAGUGAAAGUGAAGCAAUACCUGAGAACCAAGGAAAGAUGGAAAACCAAGAACAGUCACAGGAUGCGGGAAAGCCAGAAGUGGCUUGUACUCUGGAAGACAAGGAAAAGUUAGAAAAAGAGGAAAAGAUAGAAAACAAGGGAAAGACAGAAGAUGAGGAAAUACUUAAUGAUAAGGAUAAGCCAGAGGAGGGAAAGCCAAAAGAAGAGGGAGAGCCAGAGAGCGAGGGAAAACCAGAGAGCCAGGGGAAGCUGGAGAGCCAGGGAAAACCAAAAGAAGAAGGAAAUCCAGAGAAUGAGGGAAAACCAGAGAAUGAGGGAAAGCCAAAAGAGGAAAAACAACCAGCCAGUGAACCAAGGGCUGCAGUAAAGCACCCAGCUGGGGAUGAUAUACCCAAGAAAGCUAAAAGAAAAACCAACAAGGGGCUGGCUCAGUGCCUCAAGGAAUACAAGGAGGCCAUACAUGAUAUGCAUUUGAGCAAUGAGAUGAUAAGAGAAUUUGAUGAGAUGGCUAGGGUAGAAGAUGAGGUGAAGAAAACCAGACAGAAAUUGGGGGGGGCGGUUAUGUGGAUGCAAAAAAGUUUACAGGACCCCUUCCACCCGAAGGGCCCAAGGGAGCUCAGGGGUGGCUGCAGGGCCCCACAAAGCGGCUUUGAAGACAUUCCUUUUGUGUAG